AUGCAAAUUCCAUUAUUUCUAUUUGGUUUUAUUUCACUUUAUUCGAUUGCCAGUAGUAGCGAUACUAUCAUUGUUUUUCCAUCAUCUGACAAUCAACUAAAAUUACAACAAAAAUGGUGGUGGUGGUCAAGUCAAAGGCAUAUUUUUACGGGAACAAAUACAACUGGUAUUAGUGGCUCUCGUAACGAUAAAGAAAAUCCUCCUGGCAAGGUCGAAAUUUUGAAUUGUACCUUCGAAAAAAUUGGGAAUGGUGUGAUCAAUCGAUUUACUAAACUUUCUAUUGUUGGAGUUAUUGUUAUUCAAGCGCAGUGGUUUUCUAUUGAAUUGCUGGGUCUUAUUGCGGAUCAAGGCAUAACCGUUCACGAUAUUUUCAUUUUAGACAGUGGAAAUGGACUUAUUAUACAUGAAAUAGUUGGGCCUUUCAUUUUUUGGAAUAUUUUCUGUCACGAUAAUGAAAAUGGUGGUCUUAUUAUCUUUGAUACGCUCAGUGGUCCACUAGUAAUAACUGAAAGCACAUUUGACAAUAAUCGAAUAGCCAAUGUUUUCAUUUCCAAUUCAUAUUCCGUUGUUGUCCUUAAUAGCUGGAUUAGAAAUGCACGUCCCAAAUCAGACGAUACCUAUGGUGAUGGGUUUGUAGCAAUGAAGAACAAGGAACCGAUCGAAUUACAUACAAGCAACGUAUACGACAAUUAUCGUGCUGGUGUAAGUGUAUGGGGUGGUAGAUUGAUAUUGAUAGACGACCGUCUUCAUGGUCAUAAAUUCGAUCUCAAUUAUGAAACUUAUGAUGGUAUUCCAGGCGAUUUUGACGGUUCAACAGGAAAUGUUUGUUCUGAUUAUCCACCUGGUAACAUCUGUGCAGCUCUGUCCUCGAGAUUGGCACCACCUUCGCCUAUUUCUCCUACACACUGA